UCACCUCACAUCUUAUAACGCACCGCCAUAUUGCAGGAAGGCAAUGUGGUAAAUGAAUAAGAAAAUAUAAUAUCAUACCUCUACGAUUGGGUUUUAGAAUUAUUCGACGGUUGGUGCCUUUGGAUUAUACCUACAUAGUUUGAAUUUACCCUUAAGGUGGCACUGAAGAUCUGUCGCAUACUAUUACAAGUGUUUAGGCACUAGCCAUGCCGACCCCCAAACGGCUGCGUGACCUUAUACGGGAAAUCCGAUCUGCCCGUACUGCUGCAGAUGAGAGAUCAGUCGUCAACAAGGAAUGUGCCGCAAUUAGAGAUUCUUUCCGAGAUGAGGACAACACCUACAGAUGCCGCAAUGUGGCCAAGCUUCUAUACAUACAUAUGCUUGGAUAUCCAGCCCACUUUGGUCAGCUGGAGUGUCUGAAGCUGAUUGCCUCACCUCGUUUCACAGACAAAAGAAUUGGGUACCUUGGGGCCAUGUUGCUUCUGGAUGAGAGACAAGAUGUCCACCUUCUUGUCACAAACUCCCUCAAGAAUGACCUGAAUCAUCAAACCCAGUACAUUCAGAGCCUUGCCCUCUGUACACUGGGCUCAAUAUGCUCGGUGGAAAUGAGCAGAGACUUAGCUGGAGAGAUAGAGAAAAUGAUCAAAUCUUCAAAUGCCUACAUAAAGAAAAAGUCCAUAUUGUGUGCAUUCCGCAUCAUCCGGAAAGUUCCCGAUCUCAUGGAGAUGUAUAUUCCUGCAACACGCUCACUGCUCAAUGAGAAGAAUCAUGGUGUGCUGCUCACAGCUGUGUGUCUGAUCACAGAGAUGUGUGAGAGAAGCCCAGACACCCUGCAUCACUUCAGGAAGGGCUCUAAACAUGAUCUUGUGCCACAGCUAGUCAGAAUACUGAAGAACCUCAUCAUGGCAGGCUACUCACCAGAACAUGACGUGUCUGGAGUCAGCGACCCCUACCUGCAGGUGAAGAUAUUACGCUUGUUGAGAAUCUUGGGUAAAAAUGAUACAGAGGCCAGUGAAACAAUGAACGAUAUUCUAGCACAGGUUGCCACAAACACAGAUACAAGUAAGAAUGUGGGACACGCGAUUCUGUACGAGAUUGUACUGACAAUUAUGGGCAUCCAAUCAGAAGCUGGACUGAGGGUACUUGCUGUAAAUAUCCUGGGAAGAUUCCUUCUAAAUAAUGAUAAAAAUAUUAGGUAUGUUGCCCUAAAUACGUUGUUGCGAGUCGUGCAGGCUGAUUACAAUGCAGUACAGAGACAUCGAACAACAAUUGUUGACUGCCUCAAAGACCCAGAUAUCUCCAUUAGAAGACGUGCGGUUGAGUUGUCAUUUGCGUUGAUCAACUCCAACAAUGUGCGUGGCAUGAUGAAGGAACUACUCCAUUUCCUGGAGAACUGUGACCUGGAGUUCAAGCCUGACUGCUGCUCAAACAUCAUCAUGGCGGCCACGAAAUAUGCACCCAACAAGAGAUGGCACAUAGACACAGUUAUGAAAGUUCUGACAACAGCUGGUAAUAGUAUGAGAUCAGAAAUUGUGUCCACACUGAUCCAGCUCAUUGCCGAGGCAACGUCUUUACACGGAUACACAACUGUCCAGCUGUUCAAGGCCAUCCGAGAUGACCAAUCCCAGCAGCCUCUAGUGCAGGUCGCUGCCUGGUGUAUCGGAGAGUACGGCGAACAACUCUUCUCUGAGACCAUUGAAGAUGAGCCACCUUUGAAUGCUACAGAAGAAGAUGUUGUGCAGGUCUUGGAGAAAAUCCUGGCCGGCAGCAACUCGUCCAUCAUCACCAAGGAGUAUGCCAUCACUGCCAUUAUGAAGCUCAGCUCAAGACUCCCACGUGCUGUACCGAACAUCCAGCGAGUGUUGGAGGUGUAUGGGUGCCAUACUGAUGUAGAGCUGCAGCAGAGAUCCGUGGAGUUCACCAGCCUCUUCAAUAAGCAUGACCACAUGAGAUCUGCCCUGUUGGAGCGGAUGCCUCUGCUGGACCACUCCAAGUGCCGCAACAUGAUGGAGAACGGUGAGGUGACCAACGCCGCAGAGGAGGACGAUCUGCUCAACACCAACAUGGUGGAAAGGACCAACGCCAUGAACCUGCAGAACAAUCAACAGACAGAGUCAGCAAAUAUCCUUGAUAUCCUGGGUAAUGGCAUCUCAAGUCCUGGCAACAGCACAAGUGAAACUGCAAAGGGCAGUGGUGUUGAUGACCUCCUUGACCUUCUGGGUGACCUUGGCCCAAUGAGCUCUCCUACAAACUCCGUGCCGGUGCCUCAGAACAACCUCAUGGAGGGUUUUGUACAGCCAUCACAGCAGCCCCUCAGCAACCAGAUGAACGGAGGCACGGGCUUCCUGCCUAUUGUGGCUUUUAACAAGAAUGGGCUGCUCCUGGAGUUCAAGUGUGAGCGUCAGGGAGGCCUGGCUGAAACCACCAUCAUCAACAUGAAGGCCACCAACUCCUCCGCAACUUCAAUCUCAGAUUUUGUUUUCCAGGCAGCCGUUCCAAAGUCAUUCCAGCUGCAGCUUCAGUCCCCCUCGGGUAACAAUCUGCCGCCAAUGAAUGAUGGGUUUGUGGAACAAGUCAUCUGCAUCCAGAACCCCUCCAAGCAAGCCAUUCGAAUGAGGAUACGAAUGACAUACACCCAAAAUGGAAAUGCUGUAACAGAGAUGGGUGAAGUUUCCAAUUUUCCCCAAGGCCUGUGGCAAUAGCAUAGUUGGCUGUUUCUGUAGAAAUGACACGUUUGCCCAGUCACGGCUUCAAGUCUUUCAUGGAUGCAAAGUUUUGUAUAGUGAGUUCUUGGGAGCUGUAAAUCAAGUCCAGGACAGUUUCUCCAUGAUGGACUGACAGACCACUGACUGAAUUCCUAGGCAGAUCUGAUGUUGUGGUCCUGCCCAGCUGAACUGUGUGCUAUAAUUUGAUGUUAAUCAGAUCUCGCAGUGCUAAAUUUUGUCUGUCAACCACUCCUGAUUGACUGGUGGAUAUUCACUGACUACAGCAGUUAAUCCUGAAUCAGGUACCUAUGUCACUAUAGGUAUGCUUGAAAUCUAAUCUUAGUAUUUGUAGCCUGUAUGCUUCGCUCCAUGCUACGGACGUUGGCCUUGUUGUGAACAUGUUUAUUUAUAAGAAAUUUGGACAGCGUAAAUGCACAUUGAUCAGAACUAUCACAUAUUUGUGUUUUUUUCAAGAUGGGCACAGAACGGUAAAAUGCAACGUUUGUAUUUUC